AUGUGCACCUCCAUGAUCAAGUCCAAGUUCCUCAGCAACCCGGAGGACAUUGGCAUCGUUGCUGUCGGCUUCUCGGGCGGCCAGUGCAAACCGGGCGUAGAUGCGGCCCCCAAAGCCCUCAUCGAGUCGGGUCUCCUCACCCAGCUCCGCGAAGAGCUCGGCUACAAACUGCACGGCGACGACGAGGUACACCUCUACAGCGACCUAGCCCCGGCCGAGGACCCUCCGCACCGCAACAUGAAGAACCCGCGCGCCGUGUCGGCCGUGACCGAGCGCAUCGCCCAGCAAGUGCACCACCACGCCUCGCAGGGCCGCAUGGUGCUCACGCUGGGCGGCGACCACAGCAUCGCCAUCGGCACGCUGGCCGGUUCGGCCAAGGCCACGCGGGAGCGGCUGGGCCGCGAGAUGGCCGUUAUCUGGGUCGAUGCCCACGCCGACAUCAACACGCCCGAGACGAGCGACAGCGGCAACAUCCACGGCAUGCCGGUGGCCUUCGCCACGGGGCUGGCGCGAGAGGAGAACCCGGACGGGCCUUUCGGCUGGCUACACAAGGACCACCUGGUGAGCACGUCGAAGUUGGUGUACAUCGCGCUGCGCGACGUCGACGCGCCCGAGAAGCGCAUCCUGCGCGAGAACGGCAUCCGCGCCUUCAGCAUGCACGACAUUGACAGGCACGGCAUCGGCCGCGUCAUGGAGAUGGCGCUCGCGCAUAUCGGGAACGAUACACCCAUCCACCUCAGUUUUGAUGUCGAUGCCCUUGACCCCCUGUGGGCGCCCUCGACGGGGACGCCGGUCCGCGGCGGCUUGACGCUGCGCGAGGGCGACUACAUUUGCGAGUGCGUGCAUGAGACGGGGAGCUUGGUGGCUGUCGACUUGGUUGAGGUUAACCCGACCCUGGCGGACGAGAGGGAUGUCGGCGCCCAUGAGACGGUGCGCGCCGGGUGCUCCAUAGUGCGGCCCCCGUCCUCCUCCCCGACGACAAAAACGAACCACAUCACGACCCUCACCACCAGACCGCCGCGCCCCCUUGACCGACUUUUCUUGUGCUCCCCGUUCCUCUACCACCGCCGCCACCACCGCCACCACCGCCCUUCGCUACCUCAUAUCCACAACCUCAUCAUGGCAUCCACAGUAGCGGAAUCCGUUCUCUACGAGCGGAGGCCCGUAAAGACACACCGCUACCAAUGGCCGGGCGUCCAGCUCAACAUUUGGAUCCUCAUCAUGCUAGUCGCGUCCUGCUUCUUGAUCGGGUCCUUUGCCAUAUUCAUCCAGGUCCAGGAGCAGCUCCUCCUUCCGAUACCAUGGUACUUCCCCUACCUCGUCACCGUCGCCUCCCUCACGCUCGCCUACAUCCUCCUCCUCCUCUACCUCAUCUUCAACCGCCGCCUCCUCCCCGCCAUCGUCAUGAUCGGCGCCUUCGUCCUCUUCGUCCUCUGGAUGGUCGGCCUCGUCGUCAUCGCCGUGCAGCUCUUUGGGCCCACGGGCUCCGUGCAGGGGAGCUGCGACGUGGCCGUCUUCAGCUUCAACCCCACGGGGCCGAGCUUGCAUACCUUGGCUUGGUUGCAGCAGCGGGCUGUCUGCCAAACGUGGCAAGCCGCCUUUGCGUUCAGCAUCGUGGGGGCGUUGUUCCUGGUCUGGAUUAUGGUUAUGGCCUACCAGGUCUUUGUCACCGCGUAG